AUGGAUUCUCCAGAUCCCCUGGCGGAGUCGGAUGGCGCCUCUGGACCAUCAUCACCAUCCCAAACCAAUGCCGACGGAGAUGACAGAGCCGAUGAUGUAGAUAGAGCGAAACCAACGCAGGCGCGUCAUCGAGGCCGACACGCCAAAGAUCCGCUCGGACAAUCCGUGCUCUUCCAAUGCCAGAGAGUGGAGGACCUGGAAACAAAACUCCGCGAUUAUUUAGCCAACCCAACAGGAGAUCCUGAACAUACGACAUUGGAGUUCUCGUUCCCUGUCACUGCAGCAUUCAUGGUGGCAGCCCGAGAGGCAAUCCCAACCAAGGGCCCGAAUAGGAAGGUCCCUUACCUCUACAGCCCCUUCAACAAAACCGCCAUCAGUGUCAUUGAUGCUCUUCAUACAAUUAAGGACCCUAAAGAACAGAUGCUCAUGCAGAAGGGAAUAUCCCGAGCUCUUGUCGAAGCGGUUCAACAAGCAGAUGGCUUUCGCUACAGCUUCCAUAAUCACUGGAUCAGCAGAGAAGAUCAAGCCAGCAGGUUUUCCUAUUAUUGCAAUGACUCGACUCUUAAUAAAGGUAGAGCUGCUAAUGAAGGAGCAUCCAAGGUCAGACUCGGAGUGAAGAUCAGAAAGCCUGUUUUCGAUUGUCAUGGCCUGCUUUCCGUCAAGUUUUCAUCGACAAAGAUGAGCCUGGAGCUUCAUUAUAAACAUGUUCCGCUCCACCAGACCUAUGAGGAGCGAGCUCCGCCUCCACGCAAGGAUAGUAAACGAAGGAAGAUCCUGGAGAUUUUCCAUCCGGAUAAGCUACCAAAGCCGAAGGAGAAAAAGAGGAAAGCUGCACCGCCAUCCAGACAGUCGCCGGCGCGCAAAAGACGGGCAACGGAACCAUUGCCUCAACCAGAGAGUGGAUCAAGGCCGGAGACUGCCCGGGAAAAUAGCUUGCAGCCUUUGUUCGACUUCUUGGGAUCUGCGGGGAGGCUGGAUGAGGAUCGACCUACAACCGCAGCAUCAGAAACGACAGGAGAUAUAACUACCCGUAAUGCAGAGUCGGAGCCACCCCUCACUGGAGGUGGUGGAAUCAACCAAUCUCGUGACGAAAGCACCUCAGAAGUAUCAAGUCGUAGGCCACCGAAAAAGAUGCCCUUCCCUGGCAUGAUGUCAGGAUUCAUGGCAGGCGAGGAGAUAACUUGGGGCCGCAAGACAGCUGUUCGCAGGGCUCAACGGUCCAAGCGAAGCGAAAUAACAGUUCCGGUCUCUACUGCCGAAAAUACUUCCACAGACGCCCAAGUCCCUGAGGCCAACACUCAGCAGACAGCGCCCAACCCUCUCACAGAACUCGAGGCUCUAAAGGCCAGAUUGCAAGAGGCGGAGCAGAAGAUCCGAGACCUUGAGGCGGAGAAAAAUAGAGCAGUAGCACCCAUAGUUUGGAAUGGGCCGCCACCACAACCUCCGGCAUCGAGCCCAGGGUUUGCUCAUCCGCACUAUCCUGCACCGUAUUAUCCAUAUCGACCGCCACAGUGGCAAAACCCUCCUCCUCCCGCUGCCCCUCCUAAUCCUCACGCGGCGCCUACAGCCGCCAGAUAUCCCGGCCCUGUUCCUGCCUCAGUCUCUGGACCAGCUUCCGAUGCCUCUCAGCCUCCAAAGACAGGGCCAAACCAAGCGCCAGCACAAACGCCUGCUCCAGCAUACGGUUUCAUACCGAAUCCAGCAGACAGUGCGGCAAACCAAGCAACACCCACUCCAACGGCGCCCCAGCCAAAACCUCAAAAGGCAUUACGCUGGCAGAAUCCACGGACGGUGGCAAACGUUGCCGAUAGAAAACCCUCCCUUCAGGGCUUUCAUGAUUGA